AUGUCAGCAUUCAACGAUUAUUGUACCGUUUGUGGCCAAUUGAUUGAACGUGGUAAUUGCGAUGCUCAAUUGGAUAAUGACAGGUUAUACUGUUCUUCUCAAUGUCAAGAAAAUGAUAGAAUGACCAUUGAGAAUUUAAAGUUAACCAAUGAGUUGGUCGGUACUCCUGCUUCUCUCAUCAGAUCCCCUCUUUUACAACCUUUGGAUCGAAGCACCGGAAGUAGUACGUCUUCCACGAUAUAUGAUCUUCUAGAUCGAGAUCAAGAUGAUAUGGAUUUCGAUCUGGAAUUGUCACUGGAUAGGAACACAUUAGGACAUGGGGCUUCACUUCCGAUGAUGACGAUACCGCGUUCUGUCGUUGGGAAGGAUCAAGAGUUUGUCAGUUACACGGAUCAUACUGCUGAGGAUAACUACAAGCUUUGGUUGAACUAUAAUUUGACAGGAUAG